GACUUUUAUUUUUAAUAAUUGACACAGGAUUUGAUCGUACCGAACGAAAGCGAAGAUUCCAUUGACGAAUCCGAGAAGGCGAGAAGGUUCGAAGCUCAGUGACGAUCAUCGUCACCCAAUUUGGCUCAAUUCACUUUUUGAGGUUUCCGUAAUUCUACUUUUUAACACAAUCUGUCUCAAGUUCGGUUCUUUGUACGUGAAUAAAACAAAAGAUCCAAAGGAGUUUUAAUUUUUGUGUGUUUAAUUGAUGGGUGAGGAGAUUUCAAACACAGUGAACCUUGAUUUGAAUCUGGGUCCUGGCCCUGAGGUAACGAAUGCUUCUGCCUGGGCUAAUGGACCGUUGAAUGGAGAAUCUGAACCUCUGAGAAGGUUUUGGUCGAGUUUAAGACAGGUAGAUGUUCGUCAUGUUCCUCCUGGGGAGACGCAUAGCCCACUGAUAGAGCUGAGUCAGCUAAUCAUCCCCUCCGCCUUACCAGCUGGCGAGGAGGAGUCUAAAAAGUGCGAGAACGGGAACAAAGUGAUUGAGGAAGACAGCGUGAAAGAGGAGAAGAGAGUUGUUGAGAAGAGCGUUGGAAGCGAAGGGAGCUUUUUCGAUUGCUAUGUGUGUUUGGACUUGUCCAAGGAACCGGUUGUUACCAACUGUGGCCAUCUCUUCUGCUGGUCUUGUCUUUACCGGUGGCUACAGGUCUCGGAAGCAAAGGAGUGUCCUGUUUGCAAAGGGGAAGUAUCGGUGAAAACCUUGACUCCAAUCUAUGGCCGUGGGGAGAAAAACAAAAGAGUCUCUGGAGAGGGGGUUUCAGACAAGAACAAGAAGAUUCCUUCGAGACCUCAAGCGAGGCGUGUGGAGAGUCUGAGGACUACUCUUGAGAGGUCAGGCUAUGUAAGGACGGAAGGGAUUAGACAUUUACAAGAUGGGCAGCAGCUACAAAGGGAACCUAGGACAGGAGAAACACCAGCUAGACAAUUUCUUAGCCGGGUUAUGACUUCAAGAGGAGUUAGAGCAGAGCAGAAUCAGUCUAGUGCACCACUGGUGGCGGCACCGUUAGAUGAUUUUAGACAGAUGGGGGCAGCCAUCAUCCAGAGGCAGUUGAUGCAGGCAGCAAGAUUGAUGGUGCCGUUUUCUCCUGUGUUGACCGCCGCUGAGAGAUUAGAGGAUGCUUAUUUGAUGAGGCAUACGUUUGAUGAGCAACUCAACAACGUUCCUAGUGUUGGUGGGGAAGAUAGAGAUUCGUUCUCAAGCAUAAUUGGGGUGAUGAACUCAGAGAGUCAAGUUGAUACUGCAGCUGAGAUUGAUUCUAUGGUGACUGUUUCGACUUCUUCAUCUGUGAGAAGGCCACAUGAGAACAACGGUUCAAGGGUCUCUGAUGUAGACAGUGCAGAUUCUCGUCCACUGAGGAGGAGGAGAUUGGCUUAGAGUGGUUUAUGACUUUCAUGCAGUUUAAUUGUUUUGGUUUAGUUUAGUUUUAUUUUUUGGAUUUUGGAUUUUUGAAUUUUUGGUUUAUGCUUAGGGAUGGUUAUUGAGUCAAAAAAAUUUAAUAAUAUAGUCAACCGCUUAUAACGUAUAUAUGUUCAGAUUGUGUUAGUGCAACUUUUUUUUUUCGAUAUGGUGAAUCAAACUC